GUCCUGAGUGGCUGUGGGUCGGGUCGGGUUGUGUCGGUCGGCGGCUGAUGACGCAGGGCGGUGCUGCCCGCACUGAGCGAUAUGAUGCCGGGGGAGGCUCGAGCUGCCCCCGCGCCAGCGACCGUCACCCCCGCCCCGUGUCCCAACUGUGACUCCCUCAGAGAGAAUUUGAAUGAAUAUGUAACUGCAUUAAUUGCAAUGAAGCAAAAAAUUGUUGAGACAGACCAUAUUCUCACAGAAUACCAGAAAAAGUGUGAUGAACUCCAAAAAACUGAAAGAGAGUGUAAAACACUUCGACAUCAAAUGGAUGAGUUGUUGGAAAAAUGUACGCUUGUGGAGAAAUGCAAGGAUGAGAUGAAGACCAUGAGGAUAGAGCUGGAGGAAAAGAAGAGCUCAAUUAAGAUGUACCAACAGAAUUACUCAGAAUAUACUGUAUUGAAACAAGAACAAGCAAAACACGAUAUGCUGAAGAAGAAAUUGGAAGCACGGCUAAAGAAACUGGAAGAAACAACAACAAAGCAAAAUGCAGACCUGAAAGCAGUGAAAAAAGAGAAAUUGUCACUGGAAAAGGCUUUAAGGAAAACUCAGAAAAAACUAAUGGAUCAGCAGGAAAAUGGCAUAAAAGUUUCAAAGCAGGUGCAGAACAGGAAGAUCAAUGAACAAGCACUGCAUACAAUAGAUAAAAAGAAAGUGAAAGAAUUGCUGGAAGAGGUAUGGAAGUGUAUUGAAAAACCCAGUGCACAAACGACCCCGGACAAGGAGGACGUAUACAGCCCAGCCGAACGAAGGAGUUCACGGAUUAAAUCUAAACUGAGGAACAGUUUAUUUAAUCCAAGCAACAGCAGUCCACUGGAAAUCGCAGAGCUAUCAAAGUCUUUGCCCUCACCUCAGCUUAAAUGCGACGACGAAGAAAAUAGAUUUCACAUCGAGGUGGACGAGAGUAUGAAUGAUGAGGGACUGAAAAACAUUAGUGACCGUGCCUUCUACGAUGACAGAACUGUUGAACUGACUAUCCAGAAAGAUCCAGCUGACUGUCAGUACAUUUCUGGAACUGAUACUGAUGAUGAUGAUGAUGCUGAGCAAGAAUCUUUAAGCCAACAACUACAAGAGAUACUUGAUUGGACUGAGCCUCUUCCUCCACAAUUGUCUCCAUUACCAUGUUCGCCUUCAGCUAAAGAGGCACGUCUGAGCAAAGUGCAAGCUUUGUUUGGAAAUAUUACAGAUUCAAGUGAUGAUGAGGCUGGCGAUGUAUCUGGAGGAACCUACAAUGGUGGUGAUCUGGACACUGGCACUGCAGCUGAACCUCUGGAUGUGUCUGUGUGCAUUGAGCCGCCAAACCCAGACCAAACACCAAAGGUGGAAGCAAUCAUUCUCCAAAGUGUUACCAAAGGGAAGCCAGCCAGAAAAACAGAUUGCUCAGAUACAGAAAUGGGUGAUUUGAGUCAGUCCAGCUUGAUGGAAACUGAAACAGAGAGCAAAUUGGUGGAGAGCGAAUUGUUAGUUCCUUGUUUGACUGCUGGAGAAAUACAGUGUAAAAAUCUACAGUUGGAAGAUGAAAAAGAAGUAGAAAGUACAGUUUUGUUUCAGGGAGAUGUGAAGGAAUCCAAUGCACCAGCGAUUUCAGAAACACAGAGUACUGAUUCUGCUGUUGCACAUGAUGCUAUUUAUAAAGAUCAAUUACCAUCUCCUCAACAUGAUCACGGUAAUGGUGGCAGCAGUGCACAUGUUGGCAAUACAGAAGUUUCAGGAGACAUUGCAGAUUCAUUGAUAUCUAGUUACCAAAGGAUAGAACUUGAACAUGAAAGAACUAUGCCAUGUAGGAAAGAAGAGAAUGGAUUAGAAGCUGUUCUUCAAGUAGAGAAAGAGGGUGAAAUCUUACUACAGGAAAGCCGUGCAUGUGAACUGAAUACUGAACCAAUGGAAAUGGAAGAAGUUCAUUCCAAUACUUUACCAUUCGAUACUGAAUGGGUAAAAGCUUCAGUUAAACCCUUUGUUACAAAUGCUGCCCAAACAGAAUCUAUGGCAAAGAAUGAGGGUGAUGAAGUGCCACAUCAAGAAUUGGAAAGUAUAACAUCUGCCUGUGAUCCAAUUGAGUUGGACAAGGGUAGUUCUACUUCUGUUAUAGAAUUAGAAGGUGUUAAAUCCAAUGGGUUUGCACCUGUAGACCCCGAAUAUGAGCGUAGAGUAAUUCCAGUGUGUGAAAUGGAGCACACCAAAAUUCAAUUUAUGACGAAGGAGAAAACGGUGAUGGUAACCCCCCUACCUAAGCCUGAGUAUUCUGCGAUGACUGAUGUUGUGGAGGACAAGAUAAAAGAAUGCAUUUUCAGGGGGAAGAAUGAAAUGGGAGAAGUUAAUUCAAACUGUGGUAUGUCUGAUAGUCAAAAAUAUUCAUGCAGAGUAACUUCAGUGCAAUCCUCUACUGAACUCAUCCACACGGAGUAUACGACAAAGGAGAGAAGCCCACUUCAUAAAAUGGAGUCGACAGCAUCUUUCCUUCAAGAGUUUGACCACUAUGCAGCAGCUGAUGCUGCUCAGGAUCAGUUCAAGGUUGAUGUUUCUACAGAUGAGAUAGAGGGAGCCAGUCUAGGUAGUUUCACACCUCACAGUCAAAAUGGGGAUAAAUCUGAAGCAAUGUUAGUGGAGUUCUCUGAUGUCAAACAAUCUGAGCCAAAGUCUGAAAGAAAAAAAAGCCAAAUAGUUCCUUUGCCAGAGUUUAAUUGUUCAGUGCAAGCUGGUGCUGCUGAGUCCUCUGAUGCCGAGGUGGCCCAAGAAGAGUGUUCAACAAGGGAGAGGAAACAACUUUGUGAAAUGAAACCAGCAGUAGCAGGGAGACAAAUCAUGCAGAUUGUUUCUGCAGAACAGCUGCCUUUACUUCCUGCAUCUGACUGUUCUGUGCUAUCUAUUUCUGCUCAGAACAACUUCAAAGAUUGUUUUUCUAAUAAUGAGGUAGAAGAGGUCAAUCCCAGUAGUUCUAUAUCUGCUGGUCAGGAUGCUAAAAGCGCAGUGGCUUCUGCCCAUACUUCCCCUAAGCAGAAUUGGGGAGAGUUUACAAUGAGAGAGGAAAAAGACACUGCUAACUUGAUGGAGACACUUCCUGCAUCAGACUGCUCUGUGGUAGCUGGCCUGGCUCAAGACAAAUCUAUGGAUUAUAGUUCUUCUGAGGAUCUCUCCAAACAGAGGGUCGAGCCUGUCGAGUUUGGUUCUACUGAGGACCUGCCCAACAUGAGGGAUAAGUCUGUAAUGUUCAAUUCUACUGAGGAUCCAGCCAACCAGAAAGACAAGUCUGUGGAGUUAAGUUCUACUGAGGAUUUAUUCAACCAGAGUGUCAAGUCUAUGGAACACAGUUUUACUGAGCAACUGUCUCACCAGUGUGAACAGCAAGAUUUAUUCACUGUAAUCUCUGAAUUGAGGGAAGAAUCCACCAUUUUGGGUGUGGGGGACAGUAGCAAAGGUGUGCUUGUUGAGAUGAGAACAGUAGAAGAGGUGGUGUGUGAAAAUCCAUUCUGUGAACUGAAUGAAGAAAAAGACCAGCUAAAGAAAAAAGAAAAUGAGGGGAGUAAUUUCAGCAAUGAGGAUGGUGCUCCAAGGGAUUUGGAUAAUCAAUCGUCUUCUGAGCAGAAGAUAACAGAUUGUGUUAGAGCUUAUACUUUUGCAGAUGAAUCUGAAGGUCCAAAUGUGUCAUUGGAUAGUGUUGGACAAGAAUGCUUUACUGAGGCCAGGGAGAAGAAACCAAUCGAUAACCAUACAGAUAAUAACGUAGUCUAUUCCAAACUAAAUGUAAAUCCAGAAAAAAGUACAGACUUAGCUUUGAAAAGCAGGGAAGUACCUUUUAAUGACCAGGAAACAUUAUCCCUUCAGCCAUUAUGCACAGCUCAGAAUUGUGAGACAAGUGAAGAUGCUCAAAGCUUGGAACCAGAGAAACCAGUGUUGGUUUUAAAAGUCAGGAGUAAAAAGCACUCUGAGUCUAUGACUCCUGAGGAAUCACCUGUUGAAGCUACAGAAGUGAAUAGCAAUGAACAACACAGAACCAGUAGCCACAAAGAAGCUGGAACAGAGACUGCACCAACAACUGAAAAUACGAAUUGUUGGUCAGAGGGUCACAAAGCUGAUCAUGAUGUUGAUCGUUUCAUUGAUAAAUGUGGCGAGUUGCGCCUUGGUUCCCAAAAUGUACCUGACUUAAAAGAAAGCAUCUUCAAUGAGGAAAUUGUAGCAACUUCUGAAGAAGAGUUCAUCAACAUUCCUCUUGAUAGGCCAAUCCAGAACGUGGAAUGGAGUAACAUGGAGCUGACAGAAACAACGAGUAACCUUUUACAAAUUGUCUGUGCAGUAAUUGAGCUGGAAACGGACGCUGACUCAAAAGAAAACAUUGAGGCAGAUGAAGAUAGCACAGAUGCCAUAUCAGUGGGGUGUGAAACUCCACCUAUAAAUUCAGGUAACUCUAAGCUAAACAUUCACCCCAUUGAGACUUGGACUGAAUUAUUGCCGAAGACCAACACAUUGUCAGAAUGCAGUGAAUCAGGAAAAAGUAAUUUACCUGCAAAUUAUAAUUCCCAGAAUAAAUCGCAAGGAGGCAUGGACAAGUCUGCAGGAAGUUGUUCUGAUACUGAGAGCGGCCUUUGUACAAAAGAGCACUUUAGCGUCCAAAUGAAUGAGGAAAAUACUACAACUGUCGAGGAAAUGCCUGGAUCCAUCUCAUACGAUCAAAUAGCAGAUAGUUCUACACAUGCCAAUGAAACUGAAAAGAAAAGCUGCAGCUGCAUGUCAACCACACAGAAAGUGGACUCCUCUUCGCAGACUGAACUGUCAAUUAGUAGUAUGGAACACACGCUUAACAUCAACAGAGACCCAUCGACUGUUGCUUUGCCCGCCCCGGAGAUGGAAGUUGAUGAAAAAGGUAAUGGGAGGUGUGAGUUAGAGACAAGGAGCUCUCAGUGUAGUGGCUUGUGGAACCCAACCUUUCUCAAUGAUGCUUCUGAUACUGGGGCAUCUGGUGAGCCAUCUAUGCUGCUCAAAAACAAGGUGUUUGAAAGCACACUGGAUGACCCAAUGGCCGCAAACACAAUUGAAAUUUCAGAUUGUGAGCCAAUUCCCAGGAAGACUAGAAAAGGCAAGAAGCUGCGGCUGGACAAGGAUUUGCUCCUCACUUCAACUGACAAAAUUCAGAAUGACCAGCAAACUGGCAGCAAUGCAAAGAAGUUCAAGGUUGGGACUGUCAAGCGCCGUGUCACUUCGAGAGUGAAGAGCAGAGGUUCAGACCAUGAGAGUCUACUUAGGGAAUCUCAGACUGACACUUCUGUAUCACCACUGAGUGCAGGUAACAUCCACAAAGUUAUGUUAGAGAUGGGGCAGCCUUUGCCCCCUCUGCUAGCUCCACUUGUAGCUACACCACCUCGAACCACAGCAAGAAUCAGACCUUUGAUUUUAGCUUCAAAUGUACGGUCUGUGCAUUCGCCUGUGGAUGAACUGUCCUUUUCCUCAGUGGAGCUCCCAAAGCCUUGUUCCGUUUCACCUCUGUUUGAUCAGGCUCGUCAGAAAUCUCCAUCUGUACACUCUCCGUCCCCGUUAGAUUUUGCAAGGAAUGAAAGAAUCCAGUCCUCGCCCUUGCAGUUUUGUACUGCUACCCCAAAACACGCAGUUCCUGUUCCUGGGAGACUACCUCAGUCUGCGUCAGCAACCGUAGCUACAAGUCUGCCUCAGGAGAACUCAGUCAAAAUCCUGGAUGCAAUGUAUCCCAACCUUUCAGCCCGUGCCAGGACUUUAAAUAUUCUCCGUGGGAACGUUCAACUCAGUAUGCGUGGGCCUCCAGACGGAGAGAGCCAAGCCGGGGCCGUGAACCAAAUUGUGGGAUUCAAAGCAAUCAACUCAACUGCAACUGCAUUUGUAAAAGCAGGGAACAACUGCAGAUCUGAAUGCAGAAUGAACAAGGAGCGUGCAACGGAUCCAGAGCAGAAACAGCUAGUAGUUGCAAGUGUGACUGAGAAGGGAGAUACUCCCAAAGAAGAGAAGGUUGCUGCCAAAAGAGCUGCGGAAAACCUUGUUGGGAAAAUGCCUAAAAAAAUAAAACUAGCACAGGGUGUUGAGAAUGCAGACCAUCCUUCUCCUAUAGUUGCCUCAAAUGAGUCCUCUACUGCAGUUGCUGCUGGCACAACCAAACCAUUCCACAAUGAGUUAGCAGAACAGAAACCCCACAAUAAAGCUAGUCCUGAACCUUCCUCCCUGCCACCAGAACAACCCGUUAAGUCCAGUGAAGAGGCUGUGGUCUGUGCAUUAGCAAAACUUGCUCAGUCCUGCUUUGAUCUGCUCCCAGUUAUUCGCAGCCACAUAUUUGUUGGGAAUAUUCCUUCACUCCCAGUGCUGCGAGAUGAAGAGAAGCAAGUGAUUAGUGAAUUUAGUGAAAAUAAGGAGUUAUCAGAAGCUUUACUUCUGGCAAUUCAAGAGAAACUGAAGACUGAGAGAUUAACUCUCGAUAUCAACUAUCUACAUGCACUUUGUCGAGUUUAUACAGCAAUCUGCCGACAGCAAGGGGAUUUGGAAAGAGCUCGCAUCCUUUGCUUUGAUAUUCUUAGAGAAGAUUUUCCAGAUUCAGACAAACUCAUACUAUUUAUCACCAGUGUCUGGAAGAAUAUAUUCUCUAUGCGGGGACCACUUAACAAGGCUAUGCAAGUUGUUGCCAGGCAACGUGCCAAAGACGAUGUUUUGCAGUGUUUGACCGUAUACCUCGACUGGCAGAAGAAUCCACCCCUGAAUGCAAGUCAGUUGGUUUCGAGUUUCUUGGUGGCAAUGCAGAGGAGUCCCACAAUAAAAUUUCAAGCUCAUGAGGAAUUGGGGACGGAUUUCAAUAGUGUUAUGUGGGAGCUGAUCUUUGCUAUCGAUCUCCUGUGUUCCCAGCAGCCCUGGUGUUUGACGCACGACAAUGUCAUCAGUAAAGAGUUGUGGCCUCUGAUGGAUAAAUGGGUGAAGCGCAGAAAAGGAAAAGCAUAUGUUCUACACAUUCAGGAUGUCACUGUUGGAGCUGUGCUGAGACUUAUUGGUCGGCUGGGUAAGCAUGGAAUAACAAAGGGAUAUACGAGCAAAGUAAAGCAUCUGUCUGUAGUGAUGAACCUUUUCCUUCAGCAAUCCAUGAAAGAGGGUGUCCCAUGGUCAGUGCAGAUAGCAGCUGCGCAAGCAGUUUAUGAGCUGGCUCCAAGUAACCUAGAGGAAGCUUUAGAGACACUGAAAGGUUGGAAGGCGACAGCCAUCGAAGCACUCCCUAGUUCAGUGUCUCAAUACAUUGCAGAGCUGGAGACUUUCUGUGAAGGAUUGAACACCACAACAUGAAAUCUUAAAGACUGCAGCCUUCGGAAAUGAAAGUCUCAACAUUCAAAAGUGAUCAGUUAUUGGCUAUCUAAUGUAAAAUAUGGCUUUUUCACAUGAAGCUAUUGAAGUACCACAAAUUGUUUUACCAAGGAAUUUAUGCCUAUAUUAACAUUUAAGUAUUCCUAGUAACCAACCUAUAAAUGAUAUAGCCUGGGAUUGUGCUGGUGAUCUCUUCAAUGUGAAGGUAGGUUUUCAGCGAAACCUUCCAAGGAUGUUUAAAGGACAUUUGUGGGUGUGUGUUAAAUAUGCAGUACCACACAGUUUGUCUUUAGAUUAUUUUUAAAAAAUUCCCCUUGUCAAAAAAGAAACAUUAUUUAUUACAAAGUUUCUCCAGAGAUUUUUUCAAAUAAACAUUGUGAAAUGCAAUGUAAUGGACACCUUGCCAGGAAGCUUGAUAUGUGCUGCUUUUUGUUUCAAAAUGUUAAUUAGGUCACAAACUGUUUGAUAGACUUGCACAAUUAUUGAUUCAUGUUUUAAUGCCUGUCGGCGAAUGGAAGUACUAGUUAGAAAGCUGUACGCUCUUCCGAUGACUCAGCAAAUUUACACAGGGAGUUAGUAGUUUAGCCUAACUCACUGUAUAAAUAUACUCUUGAUACUACUAUACACUAUAUAGUAGUAUUAAGCGCUCCGAGAUGUUGUCCACAUCCCUCCAUCUUGCCCCCUCUCUCACCCCUGAAGAAUUCCUUCUUUGACUGUGCCUUCAGUCACCUCCCCUCUCUUUCCAGCUCAGCGCCAAAUCACACUGCAGUACGCGCUCCCAGAUGUUACCUGCAUGAAGGGCGCUAUAUAAAUGCAAGUUGUUAUUGUAGCCAAAGGUCUCAGGUUUCAUACCCAGUCUUGUCAGUUAGAUGAUCACACCCAAGGCAGCUUUAAGCUUGCUACAAUUGGCUUCAGUGACCCUAGUUACAAAGGGGAAAUUAAUACUGGGUAAACACUGCUGGCCACUCUCCAGGAUUCUCUACUUGUUCAUCUUUUAAUCGUAGUUUGAACGAAAAACUAAAAGUUGUAAAAACUCAUUCCAAAAGUUCAUGCUGCAGCAGAUUUUUUCUGUCCUCUCCUCUGUUUUCCUCCAUCUUUCCUGGCUUCCCUGGGGUCUCUAUGGUUAAAUAGGGUGGAAUGAAGAUAAGCAAACCAGAUCAGACAGUUAUCUAAUAUCUGGAGCAGCAGGUAUGGUGCUACAAUUGGCCCUUGUAUAGACUGGAGGAGGGGAAUGGAGAGAAUUAGGCCAAGGUCUGAUUGUUGUUCACUGAUUCCCACUGAAAAUUGUGUGUGCACCAGUGUAUGCAUAUGUGCGCACACCUAUGAGUUUGUGUCUGGGCACCCAUGCAGUAUAUUUGCAUGGUCAUCGGUUGACUACAGGAUGUUUGGCUGUGAUGCCCCCACACAAGUCGAAUAAGAAUGAAUCCAGGAGAGUUAAUGAGACUCGUAGAACCAUACACCAAAUUACCACCUGCAGCAUGAACAUUUGUAAUUUUUUAGUUUAUUUUUCAUUUGAACUAUACAAUAAUGUAAGUGUUUUAGGACACAGCAAAAAAACAUUUCCACAAUAAUAUGGUGUCAUCGGCGUUUCAACAUUGAGUUCCUUCCUAUUACAAAUUUCUCCACUCCUCCUAAAGACAUUAUAAUAAUAAUCCUUGCAUUUGAUAUAGCACCUUAUCACAUUGUUGAGAUGUCUCAAAGCGCUUCACAGAAUAUCCUGUAAAGUAGGUUGACUGUAUAUUUUGUGGGCGAAACAUAGUAGCCAUUGAAUCCUGCUGGAAUACUCUAUAAAUGUCACGAGAAGAUGGGAUGGGGAAGAGAUAUGUGAUGGCCUCUUUUCAUAGUCCCAGUGAGUUUGAAAUAUCAAAUUUGACUCCAAUAGUCUUCACAUUACUGUUUGUUAUUUUUUCUUACCUUACAUGUAAUCAAUGAAACGGUCACUACCUAUUGUCUCAGUUCUGUAAAUUAUCAAAUUCUUUGCUUAAAGAACUACUAACUGGGAAUGGUGGGAUAUAAAAGCUAAUCCACUGAGAGGCACUUAGGUGUUGCACACAAGUCUGAAUGGUUAGGCCAUUAGGUUCUUAACUUCCUAAAUAAACUAAAUCAGGCAGCACAAUGCUUGCACAGCAAGGAGCACCCACGGCAUAGGGUUAAGGAUGCAAUCUUCCAACAUGUCACAUUAAUUCACAGUAUGUCCAGUUGGUAACUAUUAGUACUACACUUCACAGUUUCAUUUGGUGCAAUAAUCAUAAUACAGAAUUUAUGGUGUUAAAAAUGCUGAGGACUUGUCAAGAUCCCACAGAGAUCACCCAACUACAGCAUUACAAUGUACUUUGAAUGUAAAUCAACCAACUGAAAGUAACCCAUUUCAUCAGGCCACAACUGCAACAUGUGAUUCAAGCAGCAACAUUUGUCACUAAGCUCCAUUCCAGAUUUAUGCAGGAAAAAACUUGUAAAUAUACACAUAUUGCAUCUUCCAGUUCAUUUCCUAGCAGAGGUUAACCCCUAUGUUGGUAGAACUUUGUACAUAUUGUUGUUCAUAAUGGAAAACUGUACUUUUUUCCCUCUGUGAAUGCUUGUAAUUAGAUGAAACUUUGUUUCAGAAUAUUUUUGUUCCGUUUGGGAAUGCUCUAUUUGUACAAAGUCACAGGUGCAAUGUGGAACUUUGGUUGUGUAUAAAAAAUGCCUAUUCAAUAAAUCUGUAACACAUCUGUUGACUUUUUUUUAAGAUUUAUAACAUUUUUGUAUACAAAUUCUUGGAUUUUCAUGUGCAGCCUUUUUUAUAUUAAAAAAAUGUUGAAUCA